AUGUCACAUGAUAUCAGUAUUUGUAGCAGUAUCAAUGUGAGCAGUCUUGCUCGAAUAAACAACAGAGAAUGGUACAAGGGCCUUAGACCUUCAAGAUGUAUAAGGUCAAACAUCGAGGAAACAAUGGCUUCGUCUGAGUCUGUGGACACACUACUAGCUAAUAAAGAUGGCUUGGAGGCUUUUAGGAAGUUUUUGAAGUCAGAGUUCAGUGAGGAGAACGUAGAGUUCUGGCUGGCUUGCGAGGACUUCAAAAAAACCAAGUCCUCCACCAAGAUCACCUUAAAAGCCCAAAGGAUUUAUUCUGACUUUAUAGAAGCUGAUGCUCCAAAGGAGAUAAAUAUUGACUUCCAUACCAGAAACCACAUCUCUCAGAACAUCUCCGAGCCCACCCUCAGUUGCUUUGAUGAUGCUCAAAGGUUAAUUUAUAGUCUCAUGGCAAAGGACUCUUUUCCCAGGUUUCUAAGGUCAAACGAGUAUAAGGAACUAGUAAAGAAGCAACAGAAUAGAAAUCAAAAGAGGUGGCUCCCGUUUUUGUGAAAAUGGAAAUGCCAAAGACUUGAGUGUUUAUGAAUUUAUAAAUGCCUCCUGUUGCAAAUCAGUACAGCUAGUAUUUUAUUAAAGUGAUUGUACAAACCAGAACUAGUGUGUUUUUAAGUGCAAUAAAUACAUGAUUUUUUUCUGCUAAAGUUGGUGGAGAAGUAUCCUAGAAACAGAA